AUGUCUCUGAGCCGGCGCCCCACGACAGACACGGAGCCGUCUGCGGGGUGCUCCGUGGAGUAUUCCGUGCAGGUUUCCAGUUCCCCGGGUCAUGAGCGGGGUCAGGGCCCUGACGGGGCCCUGGUCCAGUCCGGGGGCCGCCGCUGGCUGCCGCGCGCCCUGCGCCUCGCCUUUACGCCCGAGUCGCUGGAGAGGCUUUACCAGAACUACUUUCGGCGGCAGAGAGAGGAGAACCUGCUGGUGUUGGCUGUGUUUGCAGCUCUUUUCAACAGUUUCGUCAUCAUCAUGUGUGCGGUCGUGUACACCGAGGACAAACUGGCGAUGGUGGUGGUCGCGGCCGUGGGUUUGGCUGCGGACGUGGCGCUGUACCUGCUGUGUUGGUUCCACAGACUCCCAGCGUCGGCCGUGGCGCGGGGAGCGGUGCCGUACGUGCUGUGGCUGAUGAUCACCAUCCAUGUUUUGUGUUAUAUGGGACUAAACUACGAGCGCUUCUCUGGAGCCAGUGACUCUGUGGGCUGGCAGGCUUUCUUCACCUUCUCCGCGUUUCUGACCUUGCCGCUGAACCUGCUGGCCCUGGUGCUGCUCACGGCCCUCUCCUGUGGGAUACACACCCUGGUUCUGGGGGUGACUGUGGCUCAGAGGUUUGAGGAGAAUCUCCAGGGGCCCAUGCUGGUGAGACAGCUCCUAGCCAACGUGAUGCUGUACAUGUGUUCAGCCAUGGUUGGCGUGAUGUCGUUCUACAUGGCAGACAGAAAGUACAGGACAGCGUUCCUGGAAGCUCGUCAAUCGCUGCAGGUCAAACUGACUCUGGAGGAACAGAGCACCCAGCAGGAGGAAUUGUUACUUUCCAUCCUUCCCAAACAUAUUGCUGAUGAGAUGCUGCAGGGCAUGAAGAACCAGGCCAAUCAGGCGGAAGUCCAGCAGCAGAAGCAGUUUAACACCAUGUACAUGUACCGCCAUGAAAAUGUCAGUAUCCUAUUUGCUGACAUUGUGGGCUUCACCCAGUUAUCUUCAGCCUGUAGUGCCCAAGAGCUCGUAAAGCUGCUUAAUGAACUGUUCGCCCGCUUCGAUAAACUGGCAGAUGAUUACCACCAAUUGAGGAUUAAGAUUCUUGGAGACUGUUACUAUUGCAUCUGUGGUCUCCCUGACUUCAGAGACGACCAUGCUGUGUGCUCAAUAAUGAUGGGAAUAGCAAUGGUAGAAGCCAUCUCGUACGUGAGGGAAAAGACAAAAACUGAUGUGGACAUGCGUGUGGGAGUUCACACCGGCACCGUACUCGGAGGGGUUCUCGGACAGAAGCGCUGGCAGUUUGAUGUUUGGUCCACAGACGUCACCGUCGCCAAUAAGAUGGAAUCCGGAGGAAUUCCGGGGAGAGUGCAUAUUUCCCAGAGCACCAAGGACAGCCUGCACGGAGAGUUUGAGGUGGAGCCGGGGAAUGGCGGCGAGAGGUGCGAGUACCUGCUCGAGAAAUCCAUCGACACGUACUUGGUUCUAGAGCCUAAAAAGACAGCAAAUGGAGUCAAUGGAAAUAAGCUAAGCACAGUGGCCAGCAGAGAUUCAAACAGGCUGAUCAACACCACGGCAACCAACGCCAGCCCAGUCCCACAGCAGCCCAUGCUGACUAACCCUAAACAGGAGAGGAACAAGCUGGCUGAAGAACAAGCGAUCAACAGACGACUGCAGCAGGAGUUGCUGGACAGAGAGUCUAAACAAAUAAUGAAAGAUCAUCAAGUUAACCCCAUUUCACUGCGUUUUGUGGACGGUAAGUUGGAGGAGCUCUACUCCUCAGAGAGAGAGAAGCGAAGCGGAGCAGCCUUCUGUUGCUGCGUCAUAGUGCUCUUCUUCAUCACAGCGAUGGAGGUGUUCAUAGACCCGCGGUUGGUGGUCAAUUAUGUAACUCUCGCAGUGGGACAAGUGUUGUUACUGAUCCUCACAGUUUGCUCCAUGGCUGCGAUCUUCCCAAGGAUGUUCUCCAAACGACUGGUUUCUUUCUCCAUGUGGAUCGAUCGCACCCGGUGGGCAAGAAACACCUGGGCCAUGGCAGCCAUAUUUGUUCUCACCAUGGCUGUGAUCGCUGACAUGUUAAGUUGCGUGCCACCAUCACUUCGGAUCUUCAACAGUACCUUCGGCCCCAUGCUGGAGUCCCUCGAUGACCGAGGCUGUGCGGAGAAUCCAAAAUAUUACAGCUUUAUGGCUGUGAUGUCACUCAUCGCAACGACUAUGUUAGUGCAGAUCAGCCAUCUGAUAAAACUGGGCCUCAUGGUGCUGGUCGUCACGGCAACUGGAGCUGUUAACAUCUACAGCUGGCGGGACAUAUAUGAUCUUUACGACUACAUCCAAUAUGCCUCUUAUAGAAUAUCCAUGGUGCCAUCCAAGUACCUCAUGACUAUGAUGAUUAUUGUUAUGAUGAUUGCCUUUUACUGCUUUGCUCGCCACCUGGAGCAGCAGUCCAGGAAGCUUUUUCUGUGGAAAAUUGCCGUGCAUGACCAGAAGGAGAGGGUUUUUGAGAUGAGGCGCUGGAAUGAAGCGCUGGUCACCAACAUGCUGCCAGAACAUGUAGCCAAACACUUCCUGGGAACCAAAAAGAGAGACGAGGAGCUGUACAGCCAGUCUUAUGAUCAAAUAGGUGUGAUGUUUGCUUCCAUCCCCAACUUUUCUGAUUUCUACACUGAAGACGGCAUCAACAAUGGAGGCAUAGAGUGUCUCAGGAUUCUCAACGAGAUCAUCUCAGACUUUGACAGCUUGCUAGACAGAGACGAGUUCCGAUGUAUCACGAAGAUCAAGACCAUAGGAAGCACGUACAUGGCUGCAUCAGGGCUUACCCCAGAGAGUAACACUAAUGGCUACAGCAGCCACAAGCCUGAGGACCCGUCUUUGAUGGAGCAUUGGCAGCACCUCGCUCACUUGGCAGACUUUGCCCUGGCUAUGAAAGUCACCCUCGAUAAUCUCAACAAUCAGUCCUUCAACAACUUCAUGCUGCGCAUCGGUAUGAACAAAGGAGCAGUUCUUGCUGGUGUCAUUGGAGCUCGGAAACCUCACUACGACAUCUGGGGCAACACAGUCAAUGUGGCCAGCAGAAUGGAGUCAACUGGAGUGAUGGGAAACAUCCAGGUUGUGGAAGACUGCUAUGACAUCUUGAAGAAUUAUGGCUUCCGCUUUAUCCGAAGAGGACCCAUAUUUGUUAAAGGGAAAGGGGAGCUGCUUACGUUUUUCAUGAAAGGAAAAGACAAGCCUGCUUACAAUGAAGGUCAAAUGACCACUACCCUCCCACACCAAGUUGAGGACCCCUCCUGACUGUUUUCUUUUCCAGACAGGUGAUUAGCACAAAGAUAGACCAAAUUAUGCACCAUUCCUCUCAUAUACUGUAAAAUUUCAGAAUUUGAAUUUUUUUUUUUUAAUUAAUUUUGUAGGUUAUGGAAAUACACACAUCACCAUUGUACAAUAACGCUAUCAAAACUAUUACAACUGUAUAGAAAUAUAUAAGAAUAGAAACUUAUUUUGCAAAGCUGUGUAUAACUCAGGAAUAUUUCAUAGAACUCUGGCAUUACAUCUUAUUAAUUCAUAAAUGUAUGUAAAUCCCAUUGAAACAGUUCCCUUUGAUUAGCAUAUUUGGUUAAGCACACCUGAAAUAUUUUUGUGAAACAGUGCCAUUCAGUAAAAGUUACAUAAUGCAACAAAAGAAAAUAUUUUUGUACUAAG